AUGCCGCCCCAAGAUGUGAUGCUCCGGAACAGCUUCGUCCGCGGCGUCUGGGACGAACAUCUUCCGCAGAGACUGCUCACAGAAAAAGGCCUGACAUUUCAACGCACUCUGGACUUAGCCCUGUCAGCGGAAAGUGCGUCAAGGCCUCGGCGAGGAAUCAAGGGAGUGGCAAACUCAGGGGAAAUUAACAGGACGUCGCAAAUCAAGCCAGGAAGCCAGCAUACGUCAGCACGACAUUGCUAUCGAUGCCACGGCUUGCAUAACCAUGAAACGUGGAAAUUCAAGACAGCCGAGUGCCGUAUCUGCUCCAAGAAAGUCACGUCGAGCGUGCCUGCAUCUCGAAGGAAAAACACAGAACCACGCUCCGACAACAGCAGCAACGGGCGCACAGUGCCAAGCCACUACCUGUCAGAAUCCUGCUGCAAGCUGCACACAGUGAAUGUAUGUAUACACUGCCCUAAGUUCCUCGUGGACUUGAGAAUGGAGGGAAAGCCAGUCCAGCUUAAGGUGGACACAGGUGCGGCAUGCUCCCUGAUGAGUGACGACACGGACUACAGAACGCGGAAGAAAACACCCCGUGGCUUUCAAGCGAGCCGCUCGAUUUGUGCAUAUGGUCAGGUGAAGAAUUACGCGUCCUGGGCUCCGCUCAAGUUCGUGUGA